AUUAAAUUCGCACUUGAACACCCGGCUUAUAUGAGUGGUGAUAAAAUCAGAUGUCCAUGUUCAAAGUGUAAAAAUCUUAAAUUUAAACACCCAGACGAAGUUGGGUGGGAUUUGUACGCGGACGGUUUCCUUCCCAAUUAUUACAAUUGGACUUCUCAUGGCGAACCUUUGGAUCCAUCUGUUUUACCACAAACGGUAGGUUCGUCUCGUAACGUCCCUGCAGAGAUGAGUGCGUGGAGAGACCCUGCUGAAAUGAGAUGGGAGCAACGUAUGGUAUAUGACGCAUACGGUGCAUCGAUGUCUCAGUUCAACCCCCCACAACCAUCUAACGAUCCUCCUGAAGCUUCGACCUCGUAUCAACCACAUGAGGAUGAAAAUCCGAUAUUUUAUGAACCUUAUGUGGAUGAAGGUUUAGCUGAAAGAUUUCAAGAUGUUUUAAAAGCAGCUGAUCAACCCAUGUAUGCUGAUUGUGAGGGAUACUCUCAGCUAUCCGCCGUUACAGAGUUUAUGAACAUAAAAAGCUGAAUACAGUCUCCCUGAAACUUGCAUGACUAGAGUCUUGCAGUCAGUAGGCGGGAUGCUACCAUGUGAUCAUAACCUUCCGGAUUCAUAUUAUCACAUGAAACAAUUAAUGUCUAAGUUGGGGCUACCUUAUAUAGAAAUUGAUGUGUGCCCGGAAGGAUGUAUGUUGUUCUGGAAGGAUGAUGAGACACUUGAAUUCUGCAAGUUCUGUGGUGUAAACAGAUACAAACUUGUUCCUCAAAGUAGAAAGAAACCACGAAAUAGGUCGGCAUUGUCUAAACUGUAUUACCUCCCAAUAGCUCCACGACUUCAGAGGAUGUACGCUUCGACUGCUACUGCGAAACACAUGACAUGGCAUGUUGAGCACGAAACAAAAGAGGGUAUGAUGUCUCACCCUUCGGACUGUGAAGCUUGGAGACACUUUGACCGUUGUCAUCCUCAGUUUGCAAUGGAGUCACGAAAUGUGCGACUGAGAUUGUGUUCAGACGGAUUUGCUCCAUUUGGAAGGUUUGGGAAGAACUAUUCAUGUUGGUCGGUCAUGUUAACUCCUUACAAUCUCCCUCCCGACAUGUGCAUGAAAAGUCAAUUUAUCUUUUUGACUCUAAUCUGUCCGGGUCCCAAUGAUCCAGGGAAAAAAAUAGACAUUUAUCUCCAACCCCUUAUCGAGGAGAUGAAAGAACUUUGGGCCAUUGGGACACCAACAUAUGAUGUUUCAAGGGAUCAAAAUUUCAUAAUGAAAGCUGCCAUCAUUUGGACCAUUAGCGACUUCCCUGUCUAUGGCAUGCUUUCGGGAUGGAGCACACAUGGUCUUAUGGGAUGUCCGAUAUGCAUGGAGAAAUCAGGUGCCAAUUGGCUAACUUUCAGUAAAAAACCAAGCUACUUUGAUUGUCACCGCAAGUUUCUCCCGGAAAACCACCGAUAUCGAAAGGACAAAAAGUCUUUCAUUAGAGGUAGAGUGGUACGAGACACCCCGCCCCCGAGAUUGACCGGGGAAGCAAUUUUUAACCGGGUUCGACGUAUUCCUACGGUUAUGCAAGAACCAAAUAAGAAGCCAUAUGGGUUUUGUGAUACCCAUAAGUGGACAAAGAGGAGUAUCUUUUGGGAGUUACCAUAUUGGAAAGACCUUCUCAUUCGUCACAAUAUAGAUGUCAUGCACACCGAGAAGAACGUGUUUGACAAUAUAUUUAACACAAUGAUGGAUUUCAAAGGCAAAACUAAAGACGGACUUGCAUCUCGAAAAGAUAUGACUAUUUGGUGUGAUAGGCCCGAACUAUCUGUUGAUCUAGAAUAUCAGGGCAACAAUAUUCCAAAAGCAGUCUACCAAGUCACACAAGCACAAAAAGAAUCAAUAUUACAAUGGCUUGUGUCGCUGAAGUUUCCAGAUGGCUACUGCUCCAACUUGUCCAGAUGCGUGGACAUGGACAAACUUGCAACGACGCCGAGCAUGAAAACUCACGAUUGUCAUGCAAUCAUGCAAAGACUUCUCCCAAUUGCACUGAAAGAGAUGCUUCCUGAACACGUAUGGUCCUACAUUACUGAGAUCAGUUUGUUGUUUCAGUCGAUAUGCUCAAGCGUUUUGGAUGUAGCAUCCCUCCGUAGACUAGAAGAGUCUGUUCCCAUGCUGAUGUGUAAUUUGGAAAAGAUAAUGCCUCCAUCAUUUUUCGAUGGAAUGGAACAUCUUGUAAUACAUCUUCCGUAUGAGGCUUUAAAUGGUGGACCCGUCUUCUAUCGCUGGAUGUACAGAUUUGAAAGAUUUCUUGGAGAGUUGAAAAAGAAAGUGACCAACAAGGCACACGUUGAGGCUUCAAUUUGUCAAGCAUAUCUUCAACAAGAAAUCUCAACGUUCUCAUCUUUUUAUUUUGAGCGUGAAGUCAUCACUAGAAGAAAGAGACCUGCCCGAAACGAUGACAUUGACGAGGAUUUAUAUGAAAAUGUAGUUUCCAUUUUCAAUUACCCAGGUAGAGGUAAAGGAGCUUGGACAAACCGAUACAUCGUGGGAAAAGAAUUACAAAUUGCGCAUACUUAUAUGCUCAUUAAUUGUCCAGAAAUCUUACCGUUUUAUCAUGAAUUUAGAGCGAAGUACUCAGCAUUCCCUGACAAUGAAAUUGAUGCAUUGGUGGACUCUCAUUUUAUACCGUGGUACAAGCAUCAGAUCAAUAACCGUGGGAUUGUGGACCCUUUGUUAGUAUCAUUAUCGUGGAGCCCUGGUGCCUACGCCAAAGUUUGGCGGUCAUAUGUGAUAAACGGUUACACCUAUCACACAGUCGGUUACGGACAGGGUCGACCAACAGUGAACAGCCGGUUAUGUGUCCCAACAAUCGGUUAUGAUAACUCGGAAACCAAAUUUUUUGGUGUCUUGCACGAGAUUCUCGAACUGGAAAUGCCUUCUGCUGGGAAAAAGUUGACAUGCGUUUUGUUCCGCUGCAAAUGGAUCGAUCAACCACGUAGUGUGCGAAAAAAUUCAAAGUAUAAUAUGAUUGACGUCAACCACUCUCACGUGUAUACGAAAAAUGAGCCUUUUAUAAUUGUUCAACAAGCAGCCCAGAAUUAUUAUACAGAAUACCCUUCAAUCAGGCGGACACAGACUCAACACAAGGACGUUGAUUUAGAUGCUUUUCAGCAACAUUUUUUCCAACCUCCACCGAUUGUUGAGACGGUCAACCAGCACAUUCAGCUAAGUGAUCCAAAUGGGGGAAGUGUUGAAGUCAUGCCAGAAACGCACCUUUCGGACCUAACAACUCCAUCUGAGCGCGAAAUUGUUGAAAUGCAUGAAGAACAACAAAAUGCUCAUUAUCAGGAAGAAGGGGAAUGGAUAGACGGUUCUGAUACAGAAGAAGAUGUUGUAUAUGUAGAAAAUAUGUAGAUGUUGUAUUAUCACUUUUUAUUUUUUUAUUUA